UUCAAGAGCCGAAGAAUGGAAGAAAUCGGAGAGGCUCGAACAGUGGGAGAGCCAAAGCCUCGAUUUCGGGGACCACUGUUGGUUGUUGACUUAGAUUUGCUCGCUCUCACAAUCAUCUUUCUGGAUUGUUGGUUUAUGGAUAACUCAGUUUCUGGAAACGAGACUUCUGAGGAGGUGACUCGAGAGUCACUUAUUGCCAUUUCUUAUUCUCUACCAGAUAAGGACCCCACUUCAGAACUCUUGUCUGAAAAGGUGAAUGGUGAGCUUGUUGGAGGGACUGAUUGCACUGGAGAAGAAAAGCACAGGUCUAACCUGAUUUCUAUUUCCUACACGCAGUCACCAGAUACUGGGGUUCUACCUGUUACACCAGAAGGGCUACCUGCUACGCCAGCAGAACGCAAGGGUUAGCCUGGACAGCAUGUCCUGUCUAAUGAAUACUGUGGUAUGUGACAAAGACCAUUGCAAAUGCAAUGAAUAUUUCUUGGACUCUUUACUAUUUCUUCUUGUCAGUUUUCAUACGGGAGAGAAGAAAGAAUUGUAUAUUGCUCUCUCAAGAGGUGGUGCACUAUAGUAGAGAAAAUUACUUGUAAAUUUUUUGGUUUUUUAUGCUUUGCAAGAGUUUGGAGGCUUGUACUUGUUUUGUUGUGGGCUAUAAUCAAGAAAUCAAGAUGUACUUAUUAGUAGAAGCAUUGUUCCUGGUGCAGAUU